AUGCGGCUGCUGAAAACUGGACCAUUCGUCUCGGGACAACCUUCUACGCUGGAGCUUCACGAGUUUCGCGGUCAAAAGGAACGCUACGCAAUCUUGUCGCAUACCUGGAGUGCUACAGCUCACGACGAAAUCCUGUUCACCGACUUACUCGCUCAUUGUGAUCCUCAGUCAAUCACGGAGAAGCCUGGCUGGGCGAAGCUUGCAUUUGCACUCGAGCAAGCUGAUGAGGAUGGCAAGGAAUGGCUUUGGGUCGACACCGUUUGUAUAGACCGCAGCAGCAGCGCGGAGUUGAAUGAAGCCAUCAACUCGGCAUACGAAUGGUGUCAGGAGUCCGCCAUCUGCUAUGCCUUUCUGGAGGACGUUCCUCUUGAGGAGUGGCACGAGAUGAAGUAUGGCAAGUCCAGGACUCUAACAAGUCGCUGGUUCAAUCGUGGCUGGACGCUCACUGAACUUCUCGCGCCCGGCCACGUCGUAUUUUACUCUAUGGAAUGGAUCCGACUUGGGGACAAGCACGAGCUAUCUGGAUUGCUAUCCACCGCUACCGCUAUUGAUGUUCCCAUCAUCGAAGACAACAACCUGGUGGAAGUGCAAUCGGUCGCCAAGCGUAUGUCCUGGGCUGCGAAGCGAGAGACGGCAUUGCCAGAAGACCGUGCCUACUCAAUCAUGGGUUUGAUGGGCGUCAAUAUGUCGGUAUUGUAUGGAGAAGGCGAAAAGAAAGCGUUCCUCCGACUGCAACAAGAGAUUAUCAAAUGCUAUGACGAUCCGUCAAUCUUUGCGUGGAGUGACGCAGAGAUCCGUACGAGGAACAGCAGCCUUUUGACAUGA